UUUGUCUCCUCUGGAGGUCUGCAGCUUCUCCUGGAGAUCUUCAACUCGGGCAUCCUGGAGCCCAAAGACCAGGAGUCCUGGACUGUGUGGCUGCUCGACUGCCUCGCCUGCCUGCAGAAGCUGAUCUGUCAGUUUGCCGUGGACCCAGCUGACCUGGACCUGGCGUACCACGACGUCUUCUCCUGGUCCGGCCUCGCAGACAGUCAGCGCAAACGAGCGUGGCCGGGGAAAUCACGCAAAUCCACCGUGGAGCACGGGAAGGGUCUGCACAUCCCUCGACUCACUGAGGUGUUCCUCAGCCUGGUUCAGGGUACUAACCUCAUCCAACGCUUGAUCAACGUGGCCUACACCUACGACAACCUCGCACACAGAGUUCUUAAGGCUCAGUCCGACCACAGGUCUCGUCAUGAAGUGACCCACUACUCCAUGUGGCUGCUGGUCAGCUGGGCCCACUGCUCGUCCACGGUGAAGUCCAGUCUGGCCGACAGCGACCAUCUUCACGACUGGCUGAAGAAACUCACGCUGCUGGUGCCCGAGGUGAGACUGGAAACAGCUUUCAAAGACAUAAAACUAACUCAUGCACGAACAGUUCAUUUAUGUGAUCUUAUCAGAAACAGGUUUAUCACCAGGCAGGUACGAUGAAUUUAACUUGAUGUCGUGGUGCAUACAUAAAAGUAA